GGGUUUUAUCCUUCGGCCUGCUAAAGCCCCCGGCAACCCGCCGCCACGGCGAUCUCGCGCCGCCGCCAUGAUCGCCUCGCGCGCCCGCCACCUUCUCCUGAGGGUACGACCCGCCAACCACGGCAUCCUCCUCCGCGGCCCGACCUCCCACGCAUCCGCUCCCGGGUGCGGCGUCGGCGCGCAGCAGCGCCACUACAACCACCUCCACCAGCAGCUGCAGCAGCAGCAGGAGGAGGAGGACGACAGGGAGGAGUCCAAGGCGGUGAAGGUGACGGUGUGGUGGGACUUCGAGAGGUGCCGCCUCCCUCGCGGCGCCAACCCGCGCCACCUCGCCCCGCGCGUCACGGAGGCGCUGCGGCGCGCCGGCAUCCGCGGGCCCGUCGAGAUCACCGCCUUCGGCAACGUCGCAUGCAUCCCGCCCGCCGAGCAGGAGGCGCUUGCCGACACCGGCGUCGCCUUGUCGCACGUCCCUUCCAGUGGAAAGGAUGGUUGUGACCGAUCAUUCAUGUCUGAUCUUAUCUCUUGGGUUGCUCAGAACCCUCCCCCAUCUCAUUUCUUCCUUCUAUCCGGGGAUAAAGACUUUGCAAACAUCCUGCAUCGUCUUAGGAUGAGCAACUAUAACGUAUUGCUUUCUUGCCCUGAUUCUGGCUCCAAGAGGUUACACAGUGCAGCAACAUAUCUGUGGGAAUGGGAGGAUCUAGCUAAAGGGGUGGAUCUCAAACCCAAAUAUUUAAAUCAUCCACCUGAUGGUUUAUCCUCUUCUUGGUAUGGUCGAUGCAGUGAACCUGGUCCUGACUUUCUCCUGAAACCAAAGAAACCCAUGGCUUCACCAAGGAAAACCAAGGAACCUAACAUUCCCAAAUCUGCUGUCGAUGGAAUUAAGAGAGUGCUGCUCUUUUAUCCUCAAGGGAUCAGUGUUUCAGCCCUAAGAAUCGAGCUUCACAGGAUUAAUGUUUCUAUUGAUCUAAGUGCAUUUGGCUUCAAAAGUUUCUCUGCCCUUCUCCGAGCCAUGCCUGAUGUUGUGAAAUUUAUAGAUCCUCUACCAGGUGAUAGAGGUGCAGGUGCUGCUGUGGUUGGUGUCUUCAAGAGAUCAGGGGAUUCUGCAAGUAGCAUUCCAGAAAAAUGCAACAAGGAAGUUAAAAGUGAGGAGCCAUCACCAUGUACAGAAAAGAGAACACUUCAAGCAGAAGUCCCACCAUCCCCAUCAGAUCAGUCAUCUAGAGACAACAGGAAAGCUCCUGGAUUUACUCAACGACCGAAGCCGCCUUCCAAACCUGUGGGAGCUGAUGUUACUCGGGCUGGGGACGUUCCAGCACCACCAUCUGAUGCACCACCUAUAGACCAAAGGAAUGAUGUGGCUGUUGAUCCUGUUAUGCAAACAGAACGACCCGUCAGCUCGAUGGAAGCUGAUAAGGUGAAUGUUGCUGGUGCUCCUUCCUCGUCAGGGGGGCAAGGUAAUAUCAGCAACAAAAGGGGAUUCUUUGAACGCAUAUCAUCCUUAUGGAAUGGCCAAAAGGAUUAGGUUUGAUGGCAUCUCUUGUAAAGCAUCACUGAAUAAGUAGAAUAGAUAAUGUAGAAUAGUUUGUUCAGAGCAGGCGUAGUGAGCGCAGCACAGGAACAUGGUGAGUGUUCGUCUGAAUAUGGUUAGUAUAAGGAAUAACUGGUAUGUGAAGAGCAUUGUAUUUCUUUUUUUUUUUUUUGGUGAGGAAAAGGAUUGUAUUCAUUAUUCACGUAUGUUUUAAGCAAGGUUUAACGUAUGCCAUAAAAAGAGGAUUGCUCAGCGUAUUUUAAA